ACCCUGAAUUCAUCCAUCCAUCCAUCGAACACCUCCAUCCCAACAAAAAGAAAAGAAAAAGUGAAUGUUAGCACUAGUAGUAAUGGUCAAAAACCUUGUGCUAGCAAUUUGCACCAUGUUUUGCUGCCUCCUGCAGGUUAUAAGCAGCUUUGAUGAUCCAUUAUGCGCAGGACCCGACAGCAGAUCAGGGAGGUGCAGCGGAGAUCCGCUCCCGGACCCGUCCGCCGUCCUUCAAGGCUCCAUAUUCGAUGAUUUCAGGGAAAAUCAAUUUCAAGACGGCAACGUUACGGGCUGCUACGACAGAUAUUUCUAUGAUGAAGAUGGUGCUCCGUUCCAAGUGUACGCCAAUUUCAAUUGCGACGACGCGCCUAGCGACGAGUGCCGCGACUGUUACAAAAAGGGCUUCGCACGCCUGAAAGAAGGGUGCGUAGGCCGAGCAGGAGGAACCGUCUUGUUGGAGAAAUGUUGUGUGAGGUAUGAGACGGCUUACGACUUCUGCACCUAGCUAUCCAUUACGACUUCUGUACUAUAUACUCCGAGUAGAGUGCUCAAUAUGUGUUGAAGCUAUAUAUGUUGUGUAACUACGUACGUGCUCGAUGAAUAAAAGGGUUUUUCUGUUCUGUAUCAACGUAAUAUUUAAUGCCAUAUAUAUGCAAGAUUCGACGAUCGAGUCGAGACGAGUUGAAAUGCACUAAAAAGGAAUGGGCGUUACGACGACGGUGGAAAUAACCAGUCGUUAAUUGU